UCAACCAUGCAAGAAUUUUUCUUUCACCAUCCAGAACGGCAAAAUACUUUUCCUUCCCUCGAGGUUUCUUUUCGAACGUUGGGAAUGUCGAGAACUUUUACCUCUUUGUGUCAAACGCUACAUUUGAUUAUCUAUUUGAACCGACUCCAUUGACGUCAGCAUUUCAAAAUGUCAGCUUUUCGAAGUCAGCUGUGGUUAGAAUAUCAGAUGCAAAAGUAAAUCUAGGGUGGAAUUGGGCACCCUUAUCACAAAUAAAAUCGACUAUCCCCGAUGUUGUUGCAUUUAUUGAGAUAGAUGGCUGUGGACUGAAUCGCUUAUCUUCGGAUUUUACCCAGAUCCUAGAUAGAAAAAUAAGAGAUAUUAUUAUCCACAACAGUGACCUGCAGAUGGUAGGAAGUGGUGCAUUCUCGAACUUCGAACACUUGACACAUUUUCGAGUACCAAGGAAUAAAAUAACAACCAUUAAAAGAACUGAUUUACCACCGAAUCCUCUAAGCUUAUUGGAAAUAGAUCUCAGUGACAAUCGAAUCAGUUUCUUGGAAGUAAAUUUGUUUACAGAAAUGCCUUCUCUUCAGAUCGUUGCAUUAUCCGGAAAUCCUUUAAGUGUCAUUUUAGAAGAAGCGUUUCAGGCAGUGAUUGGAAAAGUUUACUUACCUGGAUUAGCAAGUUUUUCUCUAAAUUGUGAUUGCCAAUUGAAAUGGUUAAAGACAUCUCCUCUAAGCAACCAUUCCAUGGUUCUAAAAAACCUGGAAGGGGUAACUUGCAAGAGACCCCCUCAUUUACGAGGAACACCCUUCUCCGAUCUAUCCGAAGAACAUCUCAUCUGUUCAAAAUAAGAAAAAUAUAUAUUAUAAAUGGGUUUAUUAAAAUACAAUUCAAUUUUAUAUACUUGUAAAUA